AUGACUGUCACCCAUUCCGGUCCAAAUGGAAUUGCGCCGCCAGGUUCAUCGGGGAUUAAAGUGAUUAUUGUGGGACUCGGUCUUGCUGGGCUCACUGCUGCGAUUGAAUGCCAUCGCAAAGGUCACAGCGUGAUCGGGUUGGAGAAGACCCCGAAACCAACGCACCUGGGUGAUAUCUUCAGUAUCUCUAGUAAUGGGGCCAACGUAAUCCAGAAGUGGGAUAAUGGGUCCGUUGCUAGGUACCUGGACUCCGUCCGUUGCGACGUCGCUAGCAUCACUGUCUGGGAUGAAGCAGCCAAUAUCAAGCUUCGGAAAGACAUGACCGGAUAUAAAGAGGGCGAGGGGCUUGUACUAAACCGUUCAACGACAGUCUGCACCCUGUACGAGUAUGGAAAGAGUCUGGGUAUCGACCUUCGCUUCGGAAUAUCGGUGUCGGAAUACUGGGAAAACGACAACGAGGCUGGAGUCAUCGCGAAUGGAGAACGGUUGUCUGCAGACUGUGUAAUUGCUAGUGAUGGUAUUCACAGCAAAGCACGACCGGUCAUUACCGGGGACAAUAAGCCACUUAACAAGAGUGGUGCUGCCACGUACCGCGCGGGCUAUCCGGCCGAGGUUUUGGACAACCACCCGGAUGCUCAGUGGAUCCUAGAAGGCACAGAGAAAGCUGAUCAGUUGAAUCACUUCAUUGGGAAAGACAUUGCAGUCAUCAUGGGUACUGGAAGACACGGCAAAGACGUGUACUGGGGUUGCUUACAUCGUAGCUCUGACGGAGUCUCCAAAUCAUGGCUCCAACCUUCGGACGUGACAAAGGCACUAGCAUUGAUUGAAAAUUGGCCUGCAAAGGACAAAGUCGGGGCAGUGAUUAAAUGCACACCGAACAACACCUGUUAUGACCACCUCGUCAUGGCAGUCGACCCCUUGUCUCGAUGGGUGUCAGAAAAAGGUCGAAUGGCUGUCAUCGGAGACGCCGCACAUGCUUUUAUUCCCACCUCGGGCCAGGGUGCAAGUCAAAGUAUCGAGGACGGUGCGGUGAUUGCCAUUUGCUUAGAGCUAGCUGGAAAGAAGCAGAUUCCGCUUGCUCUUUCGGUGAUGGAGAAGCUAAGAUAUCAACGGAUAUCCUUGAUUGGGGAGGGAAGCGCGAAGAUGUUGGAGUCUCUUCAUGGGGCUAAUUGGGACGCCAAACAGCAGGACAAACAACCCACGUUGAUAGCUCGCGCGAUGUGGAUCUUUGAUCACGACUGCCAGAAGUCCACAUACGAGGAGUUUGAGAAGGCGGCAGAGGCCGUGGUUUCUGGCAGCACGUAUGUACCUGCCAACAUUCCAAACGAUGGUCGACAUGGGAUCGUGGAGGAGGAAGGCAAGUCCACAGUGAAGGUACCCUCUGCACACUCAGCCCCUAUUUCUGCAGAGUAA